GCCAAUGAGUCUUGUCAACCUUUCGAGCUCUUUCUUCGAAGUGGGGAUUCGCUCCUCUCUCUCUCUCUCUCAUCCCUCUUGCGUUCUCCCCUUUCGAAGGCGAGGGGUGCUUCUUUAGUCGUCGAAUCGAAGGCGGAUUUGCACUUCUUCCGAUCGUUCUCCGCAGCUGAUGGGUUCCAGAGUUGUUCCUUUCAGUAAUCCUCGAAACUCUCCUGAUGGAGUUCUUGGAAGACUUGGAUCUCAAGAUACAAGUGGGUUGGUUCUAAAUGGAGAAAGAUCUCUGCUGAUUAGCCAUGAACAGAAUGGCGGUGUAGUUCCCGUAACAAGUCCACUAGUCAGUGGAAGAAGAGAUAUCAGCAGGUCGAUGGCUGGAUUAAAAUCUUUUCGUGAUGUUGAGAUAGACUUGGAAGAUGGUAAAGUUGAGAAAGAUAGGGAUAAUAUUUUACGUGGCUACAAACCUAUAAAGCUACGUAAUCAAGCUCUUCUUUCUGGUCUUGCAUACUGCAUAUCAUCAUGCAGCAUGAUACUUGUAAACAAGUUUGUGCUGUCAGGCUAUGAUUUUAGUGCUGGAAUAUCGUUAAUGCUUUACCAGAAUCUUGUUUCAGUAAUUGUAGUUUCCAUUUUGAGUUCAUCAGGUGUAAUAUCAACAGAACCUCUCACAUGGAAACUAAUCAGAGUCUGGUUGCCGGUGAAUGUUAUAUUUGUUGGGAUGCUUAUCACAAGCAUGUUUAGCUUAAAAUACAUCAAUGUUGCCAUGGUAACAGUUCUUAAGAAUGUCACUAAUGUCAUUACUGCUCUGGGGGAAACAUAUCUUUUCAUGAAACAUCACGACAAAAAAGUGUGGACAGCCCUGUUCCUAAUGAUAAUUUCUGCGAUUUCUGGAGGGGCAACUGAUCUCUCCUUUCAUGCAACUGGCUAUGCAUGGCAGAUCAUAAAUUGUUUUCUGACAGCAUCAUAUUCGUUAACACUACGACGAGUCAUGGAUACUGCAAAGCAAGUCACUAAAUCUGGAAACUUGAAUGAAUUUUCGAUGGUUUUGCUCAAUAACACUCUUUCUCUGCCUUUGGGACUUUUGCUUAUAUUUGCUUUCAAUGAGGUGGACUAUCUCUAUAAAACGCCACUUUUGAAGAUGCCUAUGUUCUGGUUGGUGAUAACUUCAAGUGGUUUUUUGGGCCUUGCUAUCAGCUUCACAUCAAUGUGGUUUCUUCAUCAGACAGGUGCAACUACAUAUAGCCUUGUAGGAUCACUCAAUAAGAUUCCUCUUUCGAUUGCUGGGAUCAUUCUCUUCAAAGUUCCAACCAGCAUGGAGAAUUUCUUGAGCAUUCUUUUUGGCCUCUUAGCAGGUGUAUUGUUUGCAAAAGCAAAAAUGCGGGAUGGAUCUCAGUCCUGAGGCAGUAAAAGAUGCUCGUCGGACCACAACUUAGAUUUGAAAAAGAAUUAUGGACAAUUCAAUUAGCGGAGAUGCAACUCAUAUAACAUGAAGUGUUAGUGGAACCGAGGACAUUAUUGAUAACAGGGAACGGAUACAUAGUACAAAGUUCGAUACCACUGAAACCUCCUUAUCCAAGGUUAAAACAUUUUGCAUCGAGGAAAAAGGAAUUUCACUUUCCUGGAGGUAUACAUGGUAGAUAAAUGGGCAUUGGUACAGAAAUUCUUGGCUACCUACCUCUGCCAAUAUAUAUGUAAUUUUUUUGGUGUUAGCUGAUUUGAAUAGGGAGCGCCAUUUCGCCUAGUGCCGAGCUCGAAGCCAAACAUCACGAUGCUACAUUAAUUAUUCUUUUUCAUAAAGAAUAUGCUUCAAUAAUUUUUAUCCUUUCAAGAAUAGUUGUUGGUACGAAGGCAUGUAUGUUGAAUCAAUAACUAAAUUGUCAUUCAGCAUAUAGAGCAGGACAAUGUUGAGAGUGUUGUGAUUGUUGAGUUGCUAAAGACCCGAGGACCAUUGUGCUGAUUGUGAAGCUAAAGUAUGAGGUCCAAGGAUCUUAAUACGUGCCUAAACAGGAAGAAAGCAGCAGGUAUUGAAGUCUGUUUCUUCAUAUUGUAAGCAUGCUGACACUUGUGCAAGAAGAACUCUUCUUGAGAGGUAACUCUUCUUAAAAUUUUCAA